GGGACGCACGAUACCACCCAAUUCAUGACCCUCUCAUGAGUAUCCAACAACUUACCGAGUAUGAGAACAGCAAGCUUCUCAGCCACCAGCAAGGCGACUCGCAUUCGUCAUCUGACAGCGUCAGCACGCUCUUCUCCAACACGCAGCUGAUGAGUUGCGACGCCGACGGUGACAAGUUCGAGGAGUGCGAGGGAAACGACCAGCCUGCGGCAGGGGCAGAGUGGCAUGAGGUCGUUUCUCCCAACGAGGGAGAGGCCUACCAGCCAUCCGCAGGGCCACAGCUUCAUGGCGGCGCUGACCACUCGACGGUCAUCGUGUCACACGUGCUGCUCUCCCUGGGGAGCUUGCAGGCGCACUCGACCAAAGGGAAUGGUACGCGCGUAGGGGGGUGUGUGUGUGUGUCUGUAUGUGUAUCUAUGGGUGGAUAGCUAGACCGGUGCAGACAGACAGACAGACCAGCCCAUGCUGUUGGCUUCGGGAUGCACACAAUCGUUCACGACUGUGUGUGUGCAGAUGUGUUGUGCCGUGAGCUUGCCUCGAGCCUGCCCGACUCCAUCCAGGAUAUGCUCAAAGACUCCUCAGGAAGUAAAUGGCACAGACAGAAGUCAUGACAGACAUCGGCAGUCAUUGAUUGAUUGACACUUCUUCGUCUCAUUCUCUUCUCUCCCUGUGUGUGGUGUGCAGGUGUGCAGAUCGGUUCGUUUCUCCGGAAGUAUCCCAUGCUGUUCAGGCUCCACACCAACGACAGCAGCGAGGAGCUGGUACAACUCAACCUCAACCAGCUGCAGCAGCAACAAAUCACCCACACGGAGCCGCCAAACAGGGAUGACACGGACGCAGAAGCAGCCCCCCGUCAGCUGCAGCAACAGCAGCAGUUGGAUGGCGCUGCUGGCACUGACAGGGCGCCGGAAGGGGUGGGUGAGGACGCACCAUUACAGCUGCGGCCGGAGGAUCGAGCUGGCGACGUGCUAGAGGAGAGGGUGGUCAACGAACGACCCCCCACCGCCUUCGACUCGCACCAGAACGAACGGUCGGUCCGCAGGCAGGCAGACUGUCAUGCCUCCCAUGCUACCUACUUAUGCAACCCAUAUAUACGGUUGAAUGCCUUUUCCCUCCUCCCUCCCUGCAGAUGGCCUCCACCGGGUGUGUCCCACCCGUCCCCAGCAGGGUCGCGUGUGGCUCAACCCCCUCAACCGCCCUCCCAGCGCCACCACGAGACGGUGUAUGCCAACGAUGUGCCUUUGCUGUCGCCCUGCUCCAGCAUCGGCACGCCCAUUCCCCAGGGGCUGAGCACACCCCCGGUGCUGCCGCCGAGAGGCGCCAUGAGCGGUCCGCCACACGACUACCGCCAGAGGAGCAGACGAGACAGGCACAGGAGCUCCAGGGCCACACUGAGGCUGAGGGGGCUGCCGUACAGCGCCAAGCCAGAACAGAUUAGAGAGGUGAGUGAGGAAGAGUGAUUGCCGUGCGGUGCGUGUCUGAUAUAUAUGCCUGGCCGCAUAUAUGGGGGGUGUUCGGUUGGGUGUGUGUGCAGUUCUUCCGCGAGUACGACGAGCAUAUUUUGAGGAACAACGGCGUGCAGAUCGUCUACAAUGCCGACGGCAAGAGCACCGGCAACGCGUUCGUCCAUUUCACGGACCCGGCAGCAGCAGCCCAGGCGCUGGAGGAGAAGAACAUGGCCAUGUUUGCCACUCGCUACGUCGAAAUCUUCGCCUGUGGCGGGGGCAGACGCAAGGCCGCGGCAGCAGACAGGGACGACGGCGCCGACCACCUCAUGCCCAGCGCGCCGGCACACGUCUUCGACUCGCCGGGACACGUACGUCACCUAAUGGAGAGAAAGCCUUCAGUCAUUGCAUACCUGCCUGCCUGCGUUGGUGCUGGCUGUUUGCAAUGAUUGCAGUCCUCUGUGACAUCUUACGAGUACACUGCUGGAGGGGGACCACCCGUUGUGGACUCACAGCAGCUGGCUGAGAUUGACCCCUGUCUGGAUGGCGAGGGACUGCGGUCGCUGGGCAGUCCUAUGGUUGACGGCCUGGUGAAUGGUGUGCAGAUGGCCGCCCAGAGCCCCCAGCCCUCCCGCAAGCCGCGCAUAGACACCAGCGGCAUGACCACCGGCCACCUGCUCAUGGAGGUGGCCCGCAACGUUGUCCGGUCGCCAGACCGCCAGACCCCGCUGUCCAUCUUGGGGAUGAGCCUCACACCCAAGGCACGCAUUUUCCUCAAGCAGCACCACACACGGUACGGUAUAGUACAGUACGGUCAGCAAGCAAACCCCCUCACACGCCCCCCACACAGACAGACAGACAGACAGUAGCGCAUUAGUUAAACCACCGACCGCUGGUCGCUUGAUGCGAUGCAGGCUGAAGGAGUUUCUGCACCAGCACCCAAAUCUCUUCCAUAUCGGUGGCAACCGCGGCUCGGAGAUCGUGGCUUUCUGCGCCACGUCCCUCAACGACAUCGACCUAUCGAAUGUGCCGCCACUCCCAUCACCCCUCACCAAGCCGCCCCCACUGCAGCACUCAGCCUCUUUCCAGAGCGACUCACUUGACGACGACCUCCCCGCCACAUCGUCGCCACAGCCCGCGGACCAAGAUGCCGCCGUGGUGUCCCCGGCGCACGAGCAGCGGAUGCACACCAUCCACGAGAAUGCUGUGGCCACACAUGGAUAUCAGAGGCUGCCCUCAUUCGGUAGCGACGGAUUGCCCACCCGCGGUGGACCACCGGCACCACUAGACGAGCUGCUCAAGGCCACUACCCAACAGGAGACAGGCCAGCAUCAGUACCAGCAGCAUCAGGCGGACGAGCUUCUGAAUGCGGCACCGGCAUUCGCGGCGGCAGCCGAUGCUGUCAACGAGGCACCGACCGAGCCCCCGCCCCUUGACCAGUCGGUCGCCCUCCCACUCCGCUCGGACCCCUCGUUGGAGAGAGCCAUCACACCGCCCGAGUCGCCGCUCAAGAGAGAGUUUGCUGCCAGCCAUCACUGGGGCGCCGUCACAUCAACCAUGUUCCCUGAUGCCUACUCAGCGGCACAGGAUGCCCAAAUCGGCGCAGAGGGGAGGCAGGUUGGUCGGGAUGCGGUUCCGCCGUCUCAGCUCCCACAAGCGGGGGACUCUCGGUCGUCUUCGAUGGACAAGGACAUCGCGCGUCUCCCACACAGUCUCAACUGGGACGAGGAGGACCACUUUCCGACCAUCACCACUGCCGCCAACUUCAUCGGGGCGGACCAACACACGGGGCCGCCAGUCGCCCCCUCUCACAGCAGUGGGCCGACAAGCACCACCAGCCCCUGGGACCAUCCGCCGGCGUCAGCGAGCAGCCAUCCGCCCUUGGCAGUGUCAGCGGUGCCGCCUCCCUUGUUCAGCGGCCCCCUGGGCAAUAUGUGGUCAGGAGGGCUGGCCACCACACGAGAUGUCGGCCUGGCACUGGAGGCCGAGGUUCGUGGGGGCUGGCAGAGGCCUGCUGAGCCGGCAAUCAGUGGACAGCAGCACCCACAGCAGGGGCUUGUGUCGCCGACACACCCGGCAAACGUCCUUGCGGACACAGAGCUCAGGUGCGCAUGUGCCUCGGUAUUUUGACGUGUAGGACCAACAACAGAUCCGUUCCGUGACGGUCUUCAUGUCAUGUCAUGUCUGUGCGCAGGCCUCCGGAGCUGGGCGAGGGAUCGCCGCACUCCUCCUGGCUGAUUGUCCCAGACGCCAGCAGAGAGCAGCCCCUGGCCCCCAGUGACGAUGCCAAGGCGUCCCCCGCCAUCAAAGUCAGCCAGGCUCCCCCGUCCCCGGCAGACGAUGGCCCGCAGCGGCCGCCCCCCUUCCACGCCGCUUACCCCGCCAGCGCCGCCGAGCGUCCACUGUUCGUCCACACGCCCCCGACCAGCCCGCCCUUCAAUCCACACCUACGGCCGGCGGUCGGACAUGUCGACAGGCACAAGAAGGCCCCGGAGUGGUCGCCAAUGCCGUCGCCUACCCUGGGCAACUUGGCCUCACCGAAGGCGCAGCAGGAGGAUGCUGCAGGCAAGGUGAAGAGGCCGCCCGACUAUGGCGAGGUCACCAAUGACGGCCAGCCGAGGAGCCCCGCGGCGUUUCGCGAGCGGGGGACCACUGGCGUCUCGGUGCUGGACGUGGGGAUGAUGGGAUGCAGUUUGGCACACACGGUGCUGAGAGGCAGAGGCCAUGGGCAGCCCAUCGGCCCGUCGGUGUAUGAUGACGUCUCGGUCAUCACGCCAUCAGCUCGUCUGUGGAAGGACGUCCCGCCUUCGCUUCCCGGCGGUCCGCAGGGCGCCAAGGCAUUCCCUCCUGUGUACGAGGCCCCCUCUUCUCCCGCCAGCACCACCCUGCUGCACAAGCAACCGCCGUCAGACCCCUCACCCCACGCGGCGUCGCUGCGGUCGUCGCCCACUGCCGUCCUUCCCGCCCCGCCUCAGCUGGCCACCGGCCACCUGCAGCUCGCUGACAGACCCAGCAGCCACUGCAUAACCGCCGUGACCAAUCCUGCACCUCCAGCAGCAGCUGAGAGGGAGAGCCACACAGCCGUGGAGGCCCGUCCCCCUCCUUACGGCGUGCCGCCUGGCAUCUUGUCUGCCGGGCAUAGUAUGGUUGAGAGGGUGGUGGAGAGGGGCCAGCCGUCCGGCUGGACGCCCCUGUCGGGCCGCAGCUCCUUUGCGGACAACGUCCCGACAGGUGGGGGAGGCAAUAACGGGGCGUUCUCUCUCUAUGGCGAGGGGUCCAUCGACGGCGGCACUGCGCGGUCGAUCCACUCAGACGGCACGGGCAGCUCCGUCUUGGGCGACCCCACUGUGAACCGGUCAUCUGUGCUGCGGUUGAGGGGCAUCCCGUUCGGGGCCUCUGCCGAGGACGUCAGGCGUUUCUUUGACGAGCACGCGCUCAACAUUCUGCCCGACGGUGUGCGGCUGCUGUUCAAUCCUGACGGCCGACCGUCGGGCAAGGCCAUCGUCAAGAUGCGGUGAGUGUGUGUAAGGGCUGGGAGGGCCGACAGGGGGACGAAGCACAGGGACACUCCUCGGUGUGUGUUUGUCAGGGGUCACGAGGAAGCUGUCGGAGCCCAGCAGAGCCUCCACUGCAAGACCAUGGGUGAGUGAGUGAGGCCGACCCACUGGCGCAUUCACUCGUUUCUCGGCAAAUGGGGCUCGUGUGUGUCCUCAGGGAGCCGAUAUAUUGAGGUCUUCUUGGCGCCUCCCCGCAUGUGGUCCAGCCGCAAUGGCGACAGCUCUAACAGCUCCCUCGUCAACUUUCCCCUCCCCCCACGCCCAGACACCGCAACCACAGACCGAUCCGUCGACGACAGACUAGGCGCCGGCCGCAAUGCGCACAUAAAGGGUGACGCCGUCCUCCCAUAUGCCUCCCAGCAGCGGCCACAGGAGCAUGACGGUCUCGUGCAGGGAGGAUACGGCGUGCCGCCCCCACCCCCUGCCCCAUUUCGCCCAGGUGAGGCCCAGCGGGGAGGAGCCGGCUAUUCGCUGCAGCUCCAGCAGCAGUCUCUGGUGGUCGGCAGCCAACAGCAGCAGCAGCAGCAGCCACACCGCCCAUAUGUUGCUGGUGCGGCGCUGGACCGCCCAACCCCUUCUGGCUUCACCCAGCAGCAGCAGCAACGGCCGGCUCCCCCUCUCCGUUCUGCUGCUGCAGCAGUGAGGCACGACCCCUACUGGGAAGAGGCCAUCAGCCUCCGGCCUCGGAGCAAGCACGGCGACCCAGUGUGGGAUGAGUACCUGGACUCGAGCGGGACCGCAGACCGUGACGGCAACGGGCGGCUCUAUCAGCCUGGUGCUGUGGAUAGGAGAGACCACUCACAAAGGAGCUCGUUCGUCCCGGGCACGUCCGAGGCGCACGCCGCCGUCUACAGGUGGGUGGGUGGGUGAGGCAGCCAGCCAGCCAGCCAGCCAGGAGGAGCAGGAUGCGUACGCACGCUUCGUGUUGGUCUGUGUGUGUUCUGUUCAGGAUGCUGCGUCAGGCUGCCAAGCGUGACGAUGAGUAUCGCCCCCCACAACAGACGACCCAGCCCGCACCCCCUCACGACCGCCGGAGACAGUACAAUGACCUGGAUGUGCCAUCCUUUUCCCAGCAGCAGCACCAGGGCGGUGGUGGCGGUCGCCCGCCGCCCCCUCCAGGCUUCGGAGCUCCUGUCACGCCUGGCACCACCACUAGUAGUGUGAAUCGUCCGCCGCCCCCCCCUCCUGUGGAACCGCCCCCCCGGCACCAGUCGGCCUAUCCGGCCUUUGUGCAGGAUCGGGCAUACCCCCCUCUGAGUGGCCAUCAGGGGCCGAUUAUCUGGGGGCAGCCAUACCGGCCUAUGGGGACCUAUGACGGGGAACAUGACAGGGCGCCCGCUGCAAGCGACGACCACUGGUGACUGAGUGAACCAACGGAUUAACUCGCGCAGCCAGACUCAUUGUGACUGCUCUGGGGUCGUGCUUGUGGCUGUGUAGGUCUGGUGGUGGUGGUGGUGGUGGGUACGUAACUUCAUCCGGUGCCGCCGCGAAGCACUCAGCGGUGCAGAGACAGGUAUGGAUAGCAUCAGAGCAAGAGGCGGAUGCCCAGGGGUGCCGCGCUCAUCUUGGCCUGCUUGUGGUGUGUGUUCAGGUGGGUUACCACGGUGUGUCGGGUGCUGCUCCGUCAGCGAGAGGUGGUGGCGACGGUGUGGCUGGCGAGCGGCCCCCCGUGCAGUCAAGCUGGGGGACCACACAGACUGCCGACGGGAACCCGUUCCUGUCCAGAGCAGGCGGCGUGCCAGCCAGGGCUGCUGGGAGCUAUCGCGAGCCUGCUCUUGGAGCCGCUGCACAGCCACCGACUGCCGUCGCUUCCGGCCGCCAGUACGGCUUUGCAGCGCAGCACCAGCCGCUACAGCAACAACAACACCAGCAGCACCACCACCCUCCAGUUGGCGGCGGUGCGGCCGGCGGGGCGUUAGAGCAGCAGAGGUUCACAGAGGAACAAGUGAGCGGACAAACAGAACGGAGAGACCUGUUAGUGCGAGAGCGAAGGAUGUUGGAACGUGUGUGUGCAGGUGUUGUGGGAGUUGGUGGAUGCGCUGAGGCCUGGCGACCCGCAGCACCCAUUCGAUGUAUGGAUGUGGGCCGGGCCACUGUUGACAUACACACACCAUCGAGACAUCCAUGUACACCGGUUGGCUUACCUGACCUGUGCGUGUGUGUGCAGGUGAGGGCUGUAGACGACCUCUUUGGCAAGUUGUCCAAGCCCGCCCUGACAUAUUUGCUGAGGGCAAAGGUGACGCUGCAGGCCUUCCUUGAGAAACACAGCGAAUUUUUCGGACUUAGCUGGAGACAUGGUACACACACACACACGUGCACAUCACACGCGGGGCACAGAGAGAGGGAUCGCACUAGUGCCUUUCUCUGCGUGACGGGCGUGUUUGGUGGUCAGAUUUGAGCGAUUACGUCGUCCUUCUGAAGAAGGCGUGCUGAUGCUGGCUCGUCGGUCAAGUGGGUGCGGGUGGGUGGGUGUGUAGCUGAGUGCACGACGCACCCACUCCUGCACGUCUGUCUGUCUGUCUGGACGGCACGCCACGGAAAAUCGUUGGUGACAAAGUGGCAGUUUUGACUUACUUACGCACUACUCUCGUGGGUUGCUCCGCCUUGUCUCAGUCUGUCUGUCUGUCUGUCUGCGUGUGUGUGUGCGUGUGGGGUAAGACAGCGGCAGCUUUGAGUAUAGCUGUGGCUGUGGCUGUGAAUAUGACCUACCUCCUCUUAAGAGUCAGCCUAUUAUUAUCUUGUUGCUUGCGCCGCUUGGCCGGCCGGCCAGCUAGCCGGACAGCACGCCCAUUGUCAAUCGGUCCAGGUGUGCCCGGCUGGCUGGUCUUUUUAGACGUCUUCUGUGCCUGUCUGUCUCCGGCCGGCCCACUGACGAGCGGCGAGCGAGGCAGGACACCUGUGUCCGUCGGUCCGCCUGCCUGCCUGCCUGCCUGCAUUCCAUCUUUCCGGAUGCUGACGAUGGCGGUGCGCAAUGAUGAGCAGCGCGAGUUGUUGAAUGAUAGAUGGAUGCCUUUUGUGCUGCAUGCAUAGCUGCAGACAUGAAGCGAUCUUUCUCUCACUCUUUUUCGGGUGCUGCGAUGGAUGAUAUGCGAAUGUGAUGGAUGUGGUGGAUGUGGUGGAUGUGGUAGCGUCCAUCCAUCCAUCCAUCCAUCCACCAUCCGCUUUUCGUCAGCCCUUGCGCUUUGCAUGGCACGGCAUAUACAGAGAGCGCCAAAAGCUCAUCUGUACCUGCCGUGCGAAACCGUAUGUGGAGUUGAGGGGAGCGGAGAGGGGGAGAUGGGGCGGGGCGUGGCGGGGCGGGGCGAGAUGGGCUGGGGGUAGUGGGGGUCAGGAAAGGGGCAGUUGGCCAGCUUGGCACAUACAUACACACAGUACAGACAUGCCACUCACCUGUUGCUUCAUUGACACGGGCAGGGCAGUUUCUCGUGGAUGGAUGGAUGGGUGAAGCAGGGCGAUUCAUUGAUUGAUUGAUUGUCUGACUGAGUGACUGCUUGUCUAUGGAUGUGUGGCAGUGGGUGUGGUGUGGCUGGGUGGUGGUGCUCUGUGCGCCUUUAUCCCGGAGGGGCAGGACAUAUUUUUUUUUCUCUGCGAUGUAUCCAUCCAUCCACGUGUGGUUGUCUGUCUGUGUGCGCGUGAGGGGUUGUGUGUGUGUGUGUGUGUGUGUUCAUGCUGCUAGGCUAGGCUAGGCCAGCUGUUGGGGGUGAACAAAACUAAACUAACUUUGACUGACUGACACGUAUACACUUGCCUGCAUACAUACAUACACACCGCAUGUAUCGAUCGAUCGAUCUCCCAAUCAGUAUAUACAUGCGUGGACCAACUCAUUCAUGUGGCCUGGGCAGCCCUCUCUCUCUCUUGCCUUACCUACCUACCUACCUACCUACUCACCUACAUACCUACCUACCCACUCCAUGCAUGCUUGCAUACCUUCAUACACGACGCCCAUAUAUAUUCCUCCCUCGCUUUCCUCCACCCAGCCCUAGCUAGCUCGUGAAUUUCUUGUCGGGGUCAGUCAGUAAAUAAGUAAGUGAUUGUGGCUCGGUCUCCCUCCCAAUGAAUGGCUCGGCACGCAACGCGCGCCGAGACAACAGAAGAGGAGGGAAGAUCGAUCGACCGACCGACCAGCGGGCAUGCAAUGCAAUGCACCCAUACGCAUUCAUGUGUAUUCGUGUAUGUGUGCAGUCUGCCGUCCGUCAUUUCGAUCCAAGCCAGUCAGCGGCGGGGUUUGGCGAGACGGGACGAGGCGAGGCGAGGCCAAUGGUGGCUGGACGGCACCAGCGUCGAGGUUGUGUCUGUGUUGUGUGAGCAUGUGGGGGCAUAUGUCUGUGUGUCUGUGUUGCGGGUCGACAGACAGACAGACAGACAGACCAGCCCAAUGACAAGUGACUGGAUGGCUGACUGGCUGUGGGGUCUUUGCGACUGGGGCCGUACGUACAUACGCCAAUAUCUCUCUGUCUCUCUGAGUGCAUGACAAUGUUGUUGGGCUGGUUCUAUCUGUCUGGGGGAGCGUGUGAGUUGUGGUGUGGUGCAGGGGCUGUAGACACAUGUAGUCGGCCAAUCAGUGAGUAUUCGAGUACGCAUGACCGAAUGGGUGGAUGGAUGGUGUCGGACUUGUUUGUGUGCCUGCUUGGCUUGGCUUGGCUUGGCACAUCAGACAAAAAGGGGACAUAUUUCUUGAUGGUGUGUCAGGUCAGGACUCGUACGUACCAUGUGGGUCAUGUGGGUCAUGUCCACACACACACGCACACAUAAGGCGCGUGUUUUGUGAACAUAUGCAGCGAUCUUCUCUCUUGUCAGUCCAGUCACAUGUCUACUCUCUAUUAUCUGAC